CCGAGAGAGAGCGAAUCACAUUGUUCCACAGCUCCCCCGGCCUGUUGCCAUAUUAUUAAACUGCGCCGAAGGAGUUAAUGUUUUGCAAAGCUCUCAUUUGGUUGCAAUUUUUGGGCACCGCAUCUCUCCGGCUUCAAGUGCUGAGAGCCAGUGCAGUGGGAUCCAAGCUGUUGAUGCAGGGCUAGAGAGCCUUCAGUACAAGCGGUGUGGUUUGCAAGGGCUGGCGGUGCUCGGGAUUAACCGGGACCCCCUUGUUUAUGGAAGAGACAGCGACCCCUCCUCGCAAGGAGCCAUGCUGGGCAAGGACUACAUGCUAGCCAUCAUCAUUGUCAACUGUGACGACAACCUGUGGAAUGACCAGACCCUGGAGAUGGACCCUGACCUGCCCCCGGGCUGGAGAACCAUCCGAGACACCAGCGGGACGUACUACUGGCACGUGCCAACGGGCACCACCCAGUGGCAGCACCCGGCCUGCAGCUCCGACGUUGGCCUGGGCUCGGACAAACUUCCGCCUGUUGUGUUGCCCGCCCUGGGGAAUGAGGCUGCUGUUCCAGGUUCUCCUGCCGUUCGUCGUGCUGCCAGAGGUGGGAAGUUCGAGACCAACAUGCCGGCUUCUUCUUCUCUCGAUCUCAGGGAUGAGGUACCUUGGCAAGACAGCAGCUUCGAGCGCCAGAAGAAUCCAGAGUCAAAGUGCUUUGCCGUACGGUCGCUGGGCUGGGUGGAGAUUCCGGAAGAGGAUCUGACUCCGGGGAAAAGCAGCAUCGCCGUUAACAACUGCAUCCAACAGCUGUCCUACAGUAAAUCCGAAGGAAGGCAGGCAGGAUCGGCCUGGGGAGAGGGUCAGGACAUGGUGCUGGUCCUCAGGAAGGACACUCUGAGCUUGGUGGAUCCUGUUGACCACAGUCUGAUCCAUUCUCAACCAAUCAUCAACAUUCGCGUAUGGGGCGUCGGUUGUAACCGUGGCAGAGACUUUGCCUAUGUGGCAAGUGACAAGGACACGUGCAUGCUGAAAUGCCACGUCUUUCACUGCGACACACCAGCCAAGGCCAUUGCCUCCGCCCUCCAUCAGAUGUGCUCCCAGUCCGUGCAGCCCGGAGAACGACUGCAGGAUGCUGAUCGGUCCUGUCUCUCGGAACCUGAAACCUUCUGCAAUUCAUUCCAGAUCAUAGCAAAACGCGCGAUGACCAACGACUUCGCAAAGGUCCCAGGAGCGGAGGAGGAGUUGGGUCAGGACGACUUUCCUCUACAAGUGGAUCUCCUGGAGGCUGUGAGACAAUCUACACAGACAUUUCGAGUGCAGUACAUCGGCUGCCUCCCGGUGGCUAGCUCGAGAGGGAUGAAGCCGGUGAACGAGGCGAUCGGGAGUCUGUUGGAUUCCUCGGAUUGGGAGGCAUGGCCAUCUGUACUUCUCCGGGUCACCGACACCACCCUGUCCGUCUGUAAGGGAGAGGAGAGUGAAGAUCUGUGGUGGGAAUGCCUUGUCCGGUACCUGACCUUCCUGGGAGUGGGAAAGGACCCCCACACCAUCGGCUUCAUCGUGGACAGCGGCCGACAGUGCUUCAAGUGCCACGUCUUCUGGUGUGAGCCGGACGCUGGCUGCGUCUCUGAGGCCAUUCAGGCUGCCUGCAUGCUGCAGUACCAGAAGUGCUUGGUGGCCAGCACCCCAUUAGCCGGUUCCGGGAGGGCCUUUGGGGUGGAGCCCCCUGCCACAGGCCUGAAGAAGCACGCAGCCCCCCUGCCCCUUGGUGUCACAGAACUGGAGGCCGAACCCCUGCUCACCACCCCCAAGCUCUCAGGAGCCUCCAACCUGAAGCGCGGCGUGCUGGCGCUGAUCGACACGUUCAGGCAGAAGCCCUCUGCACUGCAGAUGCCGUAGUGUCGGGGUGAGGGAUGGUGGGGGGAGGGGGGCAACGGGUGAAGUGGGUGACGACAGAAGGGGAGGGGGUGUGGAGGAAUGGAGGGAAGAAUAUUUGGGUGGCGCAGCUGGUGGACUCUCAGCUGCAGAUACCCUGGUUUGAUCCUGACCUUGGGUGCUGUCUGUGUGGAGUUUGCAUGUUCUCCCUGUGACCGCAUGGGUUUCCUUCCACAUCCCAACAGUGUGCGGGUCAGUGGGUUAAUUGGCCACUGUAAAUUGCCCCCCCCCCCCCCCCC